UCCUUCCUAGUUGCCUCUGGGGACGGGUGGCGGGUCAACCUGAAAUAGGGAGGGAAGGAGGGAGGGAAUAGAUGGACCGAUUUACUCAUUCCUCACAAUGCUUCACACGCUCUCUCUUCUACUUUUCCUGGCCUCCGUCUCAAUCGGAGGGGUCGACUCACACGAGGAGUCAGGUGCGUGGAGCUGCGAUUCUAACUCGGAGAUCCGACUCAAGGUCGACUUUAACCCUGGACUUAUCACUCUAGAUGGCCAUGCCGACGAUUGGAAGGACAUUGAUGGCUCCGACUUCUCUCUUCGCCCCGCUAUUGAUCCAGAUGCUGACAAAGAGUACAAAGGCGGGAAGAUGACUGUUAAGACUCUGCACGACGGCCGCGAUAUUUUCUUUCUGCUUGAAGUUGAUGGUGUCUACACUUAUUCUAAAGGAAAUAGCAAUAAAUGUCCAUCCGUUGCUCUCAUGUUUCAAAUUGGGGAUGGUGCCUCUUAUCACGAUAUGGGCGGCUGUGGAGAACAUACAAACUCUUGCACAAACAAAACCUGCAAAGGUCAUGAAGUCGACAUCAUGCAUUUCUCCAUCGGUAAUGCUAUUCCAGGAAGGCUAUAUGGCGGGAAUCCUGUAGACAACAGGAAUGGAAAUGGAGGUGACAGGUUUGGCCAUUUGGUGGAUCUUUAUGCCUGGAAUCCCCACUGUAGAUACUUAGAUGGAUUUGGUCCUCCGGGCUCAGUAAAUGAUUCUAGCGCACAGAAUGACUGGAAGGGCGCUUGGUGGCACAGCAGUUUUACAGUUCACUCGGCAGGUUUUAUCGAGGAUGAGAGUCCAUAUGCAGAAAAUGGAAAAAAGGGUACAUACUUUUUUGAAUUCUCAAGGCCCUUGAGAACCAUGGAUCAUCUUCAACAGGAUGCACAAUUCACUAUUGGUGGAUCCAGUAAGAUGUCUGCUGCAUUCUGGUAUCCAGUUGAUGAUCAACCAUGGCAUGGUUCUGGACACUAUUCUAUUGACUGUGAUUGGGUUCCCUUUGAAAUAUCUUCAGGAACUUCUUUGCUCGGCAAGUCAGCAGCAACUAGUUCAUGGAGCGCUGCCAGUGCAUUUUCUCUGUUCCUAUCAGCAGCGGCACUAUGCGCAACUGUGUUUUUGGGUUAUCAUGUAUUUUUGAGACCGAAGAAUGUCCCUUUUACACCUAUGGAGGAGCUUUAAACAUAGCCCAAGCUGCGUGAGUUUGGUAUUGUACUAUUCAUUUGAGAUUGUACUGGCUAUGAUUGUACUGUUUAGUGCGUUCACUUUAUUCCAUUUGUUUAGUUUAAUUCAAACAUUAAUUAUCCAGGCAAUGUUAGAAAAUUUAGUUCCUAGUCAGCAUAA